GGCGCGCGCAAGCGCAGAAGCCGCCGGAAGCGCGGAUUCGAGUCUUUCCUUCCCGGCUUUCUCCAUCUUCUCCCCGGACCCUGGUCACAGCCGCAAGUGACCCUUUCCCCACCCCAGGGGGGCGGUGGCAGGAGACCAUGGAGAACGCUGAGGGUGCCGACCCGAGCACCCCGGAGCGGAGCAGUCCAGCCCAGGGGCCAGCCGAGAGCGCCCCUCCGCAGGUGCCUGGGGCGGGGCAGGGGCAGCUCCUGUACCACGAGGAGACCAUUGACCUCGGUGGAGAUGAGUUUGGGUCUGAAGAGAACGAGCCCGUGUCAGAAGACUCUAGCCACUUCGGGGACAAGCUGAAUGAGCACUUGAUGGAGAGCGUCCUCAUCUCCGACUCUCCCAGCAACAGUGAGGACGAUGCGGGGGACCCGGGCUGUUUGCAGGACGUCAUGGAGCCCGCCAGAGGGACCGCAGGCCCCACGCUGGAGGACGUCAUAGACAAGGGAGCACUGGACACUCCAAGUGAUGACGUUGGAAGCGAUGGAGAGGACACGCCCAGAGACGUCUCGGACGUGACCCCUGAUAGCAGAGCGUCGCUGAAGGAAGACCCAGAGCAAGAAGAAGCGGAAGACCUGCCCACUUUGGAGAACGGAGGUGUGGGGGCCUCGGGCCCGGGGGCAGGAGAGGCGCCCCCGGGGGGUGCGGCAUCGGGCGUGUGCCCCCGGCAGCCCCCCCCCAGGGACGAGCCCGUGCCCGUGUGCACCAUCUUCAGCCAGCCGCAGCCCGCCGGCUCCCAGCCCCCGUCCCUGCGCGAUGGCUUCGAGUCUCAGAUGGUGAAAUCUCCUAGUUUCAGCGGCGCGAGCGAGGCAGCGCCCAGGACCCCUCCACAGGUGGUCCAGCCAAGCCCCAGCCUGAGUAAGUUUUUUGGAGAUACGGCCGGCGCUAACUCCUUGGCCUCCGACUUCUUUGACUCCUUCACAACGUCCACGUUCAUCUCCGUCAGUAAUCCCAACGCCGGCUCUUCGGUUCCGGAAAACUUGUCUUCACUCGCUGCCACUCCGGGGGCAGAAAACUCCCCGGGCUCUGCUUCCUACUCCCCAGGGAUGGAAAGAUCAGAGUCUGGCAUUUCCUCGGCUUCUCUAGAAAUUCCCCAGUCUCCAAAACCGUUUUCGCAGAUCCAGGCUGUGUUUGCAGGGAGCGAGGACCCCUUUGCCACCGCCCUGAGCAUGAGCGAGAUGGACCGCAGAAACGACGCCUGGCUUCCCGGGGAGGCGACCAGGAAGGUCCUGAUUUCGGUGGCAACCCAGCAGUACAGCACGGUGUUCGUGGACAAGGAGGACCUCACCAUGCCAGGCCUCAAGUUUGACAACAUCCAGGGAGAUGCAGUUAAAGACUUAAUGCUUCGCUUCCUGGGUGAAAAAGCUGCAGCAAAGAGACAGGUCCUCAGUGCCAACUCGGUAGAACAGUCCCUGGUCGGGCUGAAGCAGCUCAUUAGCUGCCGGAACUGGAGAGCAGCGGUGGACCUGUGCGGGCGGCUCCUCACCGCCCACGGCCAGGGCUACGGCAAGAGCGGGCUGCCCACCAGCCACACGGCCGACUCGCUGCAGCUCUGGUUUGUGAGGCUGGCGCUGCUGGUGAAGCUGGGCCUUUUCCAGAAUGCUGAAAUGGAGUUUGAGCCCUUUGGGAACCUCGACCAGCCAGAUCUCUACUAUGAGUACUACCCUCACGUGUACCCUGGGCGAAGGGGCUCCAUGGUCCCCUUCUCGAUGCGGAUCCUGCACGCGGAGCUUCAGCAGUACCUGGGGAACCCUCAGGAGUCGCUGGACAGACUGCACAGGGUGAAGGCCGUCUGCAGCAAGAUCCUCACGAACCUGCAGCAGGGCCUGGCCGAGGACGGGAGCACCAGCGGCCUCUCUCAGGAGAACAGACAAGCCUCCAUCCAGCUGUGGCGGUCCCGCCUGGGCCGCGUGAUGUGCUCCAUGGCCAACUGUCUGCUGCUCAUGAAGGACUACGUGCUGGCGGUGGACGCCUACCGCUCGGUCAUCCAGCACCACCCGGAGCAGGAGCCCCAGCUGCUGAGCUGUAUUGGCCGGAUCUUCCUUCAGAUUGGAGACAUAAAAACGGCUGAAAAGUAUUUUCAAGACGUAGAGAAAGUGACACAGAAAUUGGAUGGACUACAGGGUAAAGUGAUGGUUUUAAUGAACAGAGCUUUCCUUCACCUCGGUCAGAAUAACUUUGCAGAAGCUCACAGAUUCUUCACAGAAAUUCUAAGGAUCGAACCAACAAAUGCAGUGGCCAACAACAACGCCGCCGUGUGCCUGCUGUACCUGGGCAGACUCAAGGCCUCGCUGCGGCAGCUGGAGGCCAUGGUGCAGCAGGACCCCCGGCACUACCUGCAUGAGAGCGUGCUCUUCAACCUGACCACCAUGUACGAGCUGGAGUCGUCCCGCAGCCUGCAGAAGAAGCAGGCCCUGCUCGAGGCAGUGGCCAGCAAGGAGGGGGACUGCUUCAACACGCAGUGCCUCAAGCUGGCCUAGGUCUCCAGCCUGUGCGCGUGGACACCGGCGCUAACGUGUGACCCAAUAAAAGCUCCCCCACCCGUG